CGCCGGGACCCGGGGCCACUCUUUCACAAUUUGUUACCUCGUCGUCGUAUAAGAUAAAGAUGGCGGCAGAGAAAAGCUGCGGGGGGAGGCUGUGAACAGGAUUAAAGAGAUCAUUGCAGGUGGAGUUAUAAAGGCUGUCAGUACUUCCACCUCGCAGUUCAGUGGUCCAAUGGUUACUGUGUACCACCAGCCGGCCCCUGUUACACAUCCGACAACCACCACGGCAAAAUCACAAGCUGGGAAACCUGCUCUCCAGCUCGAGAUGGUUGGGAGGAUUCGGAACUCAGGUGCCUGACGAUCUUGAGAGUCCUUAGGCUGCUGCUGGAUUUGUCGUUGAGCUGGGCCUGGAUUCUCGCUCUGGAAUCAUGUCAUUGAAUUGUGAAUCACAGGAUCCCCAGGAUAAAACCAGCGGCUACAGUAACAGACUGUCCCUGAGCUGUAGUAACAGUGCGUGGAGUCGUCUCACUCUCAUCUCCCUCUUCAUGUUAAAUAUCCAGUUCAGUGAAUCUCUAACACCACAUGAAGUGAAAGAUUCAGUGAGGACAGUUCCAGCCACACCAUGCUGGCAGGUUGAGCAGUUCAUGGUGGCAGAGGAAUGUAAGAAAUGUACACGGUUUGAGGUGAAAACACAUGAAGCCUGCAGCAGCACCGGGUUUGUGGAAAAGAUUAACUGCUCCGAGUCACAGAAAGAGGAAUAUAAAAGCUGCCGCUCCACAGGUAUGGAGGAGACUCUGUUCUGGAGGUUCGAAGGGACCAUGAUUUUCCUUUCUGUCAUCUUCGCUGUGCUGGUCAUUCUCCGUCAGAGAGCACUCGACAGACUCGCCUCGGAGAAGGUCCGGAAACAAAUUGAAUCCAUUUAAGCAGCUUUACAGCCUCGGCACCAGAACCCGGUGUGCUGGAUGUACAGACUGUGGAAGCAGAUUCACCUCAUGGUGGAAGGACAGAACUGAAUGAUAAUCAGUAUUCUAGAGACUCCUGUGUAAUGCUGCACCCAUCAAUGCAAUCUCUCAUAGCCUAAACCCAUUCACUUGUUCAAUACUGAUGUGAAAGACAAUUUAAACAUUGCUUCAGUCUCCCUCA